GCCCUGCAACAGCUUUAUGAGGAGCUGAAGGGUCGACGCACCACAUUCUGCACCGAGAGGAAACACCACAACAGGUCAACAUGUUGUCCAUCCCAGAUCUGAUCAAGAAGAAGAGAGACGGAGGAGAGUUCACUGACGAAGACAUCGUAACCUUCAUCCGCAGUGUUACAAACAAAACUAUACAGGAUUGUCAGACAGGCGCCAUGCUGAUGGCGAUCUGGCAGAAGGGAAUGACCGACAAGGAGAUCGAGACCCUGACCAGAGAGAUGAUGCUGUCAGGGGAAGUGAUGUCAUGGCCGAAGGAGUGGGCGGGGCUGAUGGUUGACAAACACUCAACAGGAGGAGUGGGGGAUAAAGUCAGUCUGGUGUUAGCGCCUGCGCUAGCUGCCUGCGGCUGUAAGGUGCCGAUGAUCAGUGGGCGGGGCUUGGCUCACACAGGAGGAACUCUGGAUAAACUGGAAUCAAUUCCAGGAUUCAACAUCCGCCAGUCAUCAGCUCAGAUCCUGAAGAUCCUGGAAUCAGUGGGCUGUUGCAUUGUGGGUCAGACGGAGAUGUUGGUUCCUGCAGAUCGGGUCCUGUACGCCCUGCGGGACGCCACCAGCACCGUGGACAGCCUACCACUAAUUACUGGCUCCAUCAUCUCAAAGAAAGGAGCCGAGAGUCUGAAAGCUCUGGUGCUGGAUGUGAAGUUUGGACAAGCUGCUCUGUAUAAAGACCUGGCCAGUGCUAAAGAACUCGCACAGUUAAUGGUGAGCGCAGGAAACGGUCUGGGCAUACAGACGGCUGCGGCCCUCUCCUGUAUGGACGGUACGAUUGGUCGAUGUGUGGGAAACAGUGUGGAGGUGAUCGAGUCUCUGGAGACACUUAAGGGGAGAGGACCUGACGACCUGAUGGAGCUCGUCACUGCUCUGGGCGGCCUGUUGCUGAAGAUGACCGGUUUGGCCUCUGACCUCCCAGAGGGCAAACGGCAGAUUUCUGAGGCUGUGAUUGGUGGAGCUGCUCUGUCUAAGUUCCAGGCCAUGAUGGAGGCUCAGGGCGUGGCCAGUGAGACAGCUCGGUCACUGUGCUCCACCCACACUGAUUACUACAGUGUCCUGAGGAAGUCGAAGCAUCAGAUUGAACUGAAGACACCCACAGAGGGUGUCGUGGUCGAUGUCGACGGUAUGACGUUGGCUCAGGUGCUUCAUAAGUUGGGGGCGGGCCGAUCAAACGCCGGAGAACCUAUCAAUCACAGCGUGGGGGUGGAGCUACUGGUGUCACUGGAGCAGAAGGUCGAGAAAGGCGUCCCCUGGCUGCGGCUCCAUUAUGAGGAUCCGUCCCCGACCCCAGACCAGAUGAGUCGCCUGCAGAGCGCUCUGACUCUGGGAGCUCAGGGACACAAAGUCAAACAGAGCUUAGUCAGAGAAAUACUGCUGCCUCAGUAAUUCAUGUUUACACCAUCAUCACGUGACUGACCAUUUAAGAAGCCCCGCCCUCCUCUGUUACUGUGGCUAACCCGUCAGUUCUGAUUAUCAAUCUGUUUGUUGUGUAUAACAUGAGCAGAACAUAUAAAAAUGAAUGAAUAAAUAAAUGAAGGAGUCAGA